AUGGACAAAAGAAAAUACUCCAGCUGGUGGUUCCGGUGGAACCAAGUCGCUAGUGGUGUAACAGGUUCCAGUGGAACCCUAGGCGUGUUGCCUCUUGCCGGUAGUGUCUCUGUGUCGCCGUACACGUUGUCGGCGUCAGAUAACCCAGGUGCGUUAAUAACCUCUGUUCAGUUGAAUGGAGAAAACUACAAUGAAUGGGCAUCGGAGAUGCUUAAUGCUCUUCAAGCUAAACGCAAGAUGAGUUUUAUUCACGGUACUCUUCCGAAGCCUGCGAGUGGUAGCCCGGAUAUGGAGAACUGGCUAACGGUCAAUUCCAUGAUCGUUGGUUGGAUUAGGUCUUCGAUAGAACCUAAAGUACGUUCGACGGUGUCGUAUAUCACGGAUGCUCAUCUCCUGUGGACUGAGCUUAAGGAGCGUUUCUCAGUGGGGAAUAAAGUGCGUAUACACCAAAUCAAGUCUCAACUUGCGUCAUGUAAGCAGGACGGUCAGACUGUUUUGGAGUAUUAUGGUCGUCUUGCUAUGUUGUGGAAGGAACUACAAACUUAUCAGCCGGUGAUUUCGUGCUCUUGUGGAGCAGCUGGCGUACUUGCCAAAGAAAAAGAAGAAGAAAAGCUGCACCAAUUUGUUAUGGGAUUGGACGAUGCUCGGUUUGGUGGUUUGUGUACGAGCAUCGUAGCUUCUGAUCCUUUGCCUAGUCUUGGUGAAGUCUAUGCAAAGAUUGUGCGAGAAGAGCAACGUUUGACAUCAGCGAAAGCUCGCGAGCAACAGCAAGAGGCGAUCGGAUUUGUCGCUCGCCGAGAAGAGGUCCUUGCUCCUGUUCGUCCUAGCCAAACUGAGACACGUUCAGACUCAGCUAAUUCUGUUCGUCGUGAUCGCAAUGCUCUCUGCAGUCAUUGUGGACGUACCGGUCAUGACAAGAAGGAAUGUUGGCAGUUAGUUGGCUUUCCCGAGUGGUGGUUGGACAGAAACAAGAAUAAGUGGAGGUCGUGGAAGAGGAGGAGGUCGCAAUGGUUACAACAACCCUGGUCGUGGUCGUGGUCAGGCCAAUGCUGCACACGCCACAAGUUCCAACGCUUCUUCUUUUCCGGAGUUUACAGCCGACCAAGUGGAAGGCUCUAUCCAAGUUGA